GAGACAUUUAUAAUGACAACAUGAAGAAUAAAAUGUUAUUUUAAGCUUAUUUAAACUUUGUUUUUGGCUGCUCUUUAUGAUGGAAUUGUUCAUCGCAUAUGAUGUGUUCAAAGACCGUCUGAAAGUUGAAAAUCUCACGAUUAGGACGGAGGGGUUUGGGGUUCAGAGGGUUUAGUCUAGGACCAAGUUUAAUUUCUGUCAAAAAGUAGUUCCAAAGUUUUGCACACAACAUUUAACACAACUAAAUCAGCCAAUAACAACAACAGGAGCUGUGUUAGUUCACUAAACUCAAAACCCUUCCUCUGUGAUAAUUAGCUGUCUGUCAGUAUAUCUGAGCUUCUUUUAUUUGCUCCCCCGUCCUGCUGAGACCUAGUUCAUGUGCUGAGGGAGGUGGAUGAAGGAAGUCCAGCUGAGGCCGAGGGGAUGGAGGACGGAGACCUGCUGCUGGCCGUCAACGGUAAACCUGUCGAGUCUCUGGAGCACGACGACAUCGUCAAAGAGAUCAGAUGGAGCAGAGAUAAAGUCGUCCUCGCCACCAUAUCGAUACCAGGAAGAGACUUUUACAGAGAGUUGGGUAUUUCUCCCCUGUUGUUCUACGAGGAGAGUUCAGUCCAGGAUGAGAGGCAGCAGACCAGGAACCAGAGGGAACUCCCUCUGAGGGACGGACGUCCAACAAUCUACGUUCAGGACGGAGAGGAGACGGGCGGACCGGGACAGACCGGGUCUCACAUCAGUCAGGAACUUUAACCCCAGAGGUGUAAUAUUCUGAAGCUGUGUGGAACUCCUCACAUUGUUUUUAUCUGAAAUCACUUUAUCACACAUAAAAAAUAUAAUAACAACAUCACAUUCUAUGUUUAAUGUUUUCCAGCCGUCAGAGAACAAGAGAUGCUUUCUGAGGUCCUUUGAUUUAUUCUAAAAUCACAAAUCUACUGUGUGAUUAUCCUCUGGGACCAUGAUGAUCCUCUGGGAUCAUCUGCUGGGACCAUGAUGAUCCUCUGGGAUCAUCUGCUGGGACCAUGAUGAUCCUCUGGGACCAUGAUGCUCCUCUGGGAUCAUCUGCUGGGACCAUGAUGAUACGAGAUCUCAGGACCUUUUUAUUUUUGUACAUUUUGAUUCAUUUUUUUAAUAUUAAUUAUAAACUGGUCAUUAUUUAGUGUGAAGCUUUCUGUAUGAUUCAAUUAAAUUAUUAAGCUCCAUAUAUAGAAGCUGAACAUAUAGAAACGUGCAUUUUUUAAAACAGAUCUUCUUUAUGUUCUCUAUUUGCACAGAACAUUAAAUAUUAAACCCUUUUUAUCAGUA